AUUGUGGGGCUGAUUUUUUUUAAAGUGGGAGAUGUCACUAUCAGUCUAAAUUUAGAAUCUUAGGAUAAGAGGGCCCUUGAUUCCCAGUGUUUGGAGAGGCAAAUUUGAGAGUUAAAGGUGCCCUGAGGAACUUCAAAUGGAAGUGGAAAGGAAGGGUAGUGUGUGCUCAGAUUGCUGUGAAGUGAAUAAUACAGGAAGCAAAGUGUUAACUGUUUCCAGCUACCUGGGGAAAAUUAAUUGCUUAAGUAGUUAAGGUGGCUUUGAAAGCAUAAUUUUCCCAAUUUUUAGGUGUGUUCACCAAUUACACAUUUAUUUAAAAAUGAAAUGCCAUCAAUCUGAAUAUGCAAUGUAAUUUUUGAAAGACGAGUCUCUUAACUCUCUUAACAGUGUGACUUACGUUGAGACUUUCAGCAUCCAAUGGUUUACUAGUCCCUUUUGAUAAAUAAAUAUCCCUGUGAGGACGUUCAAUCUUAGAUUAUUAUUAUUGCUUCAAAGAUUUGAAGAUAACUGUUCUAGGAAGGUGUUUACAUAGAAAUCUAGAAUUCAAGGGAAGACGUGUAAGAAAGAUUGUGUACUAGUGAGUGAAAAUUAGCUAACAAAAACAGGGCCUCCCCUGGGUGUAGGCGUGGAGGUGGGAAUUGCCGCAGGGAGUAGGCGAGUGCUAGACAAUCUGGGCGCCAAGGACACCUUCAGUCUAACUGGCAGCUCUUCUUUGCAAACGACCUUCACCUUGGGAGCAAGUUAGGCUCUAGGCCGGUGGGCAGGGGCAGGUGCAGGCUAUGCGGCUGCCGCGCGGGGUGGGCGGGUUUCCACGUGCACGAGCCCUUUAAGGCCCCGCGCAGCGGAAGCGCGUGGGUACUACGUGGCCUCACUGGCGCCCACGGCCCAGCGGCCAUGGACUUGGGCGCAGAGGAGUUUGAGCAGAACCUCCCCUUCCUGCAGGAGCUCGUCCAGGACGCGGACUUUGUGGGUCUGGACAUAGAGUUCACUGGCCUUCGUUCUAGCCUUUCGGGACCGCAGCAGAUCAGUCUUUUUGAUUUGCCAUCCGAGUGGUACCUAAAGACCCGCCAGAGUGUUCAGCAGUUUACCAUCUGUCAGAUUGGAUUGUCUGUAUUUUCCACUAUCGAAGGGGAGUUCAACAAGUAUGUAGCCCAUUCAUAUAACUUCUUUCUCUUCCCUACAACAUUUGGGAUUUUGGAUUCAGAAUUCUCUUUCCAGGCUUCUAGUGUUCAGUUUUUGAAUCAAUACGGCUUCAACUAUAACAAGUUUCUUAAAAAUGGAAUCCCAUAUAUGAAUGAAGAACAGGAGAAAAAAAUUAAGCACAACAUCCUGACAGGGAACUGGAGAGUUCGCAGCUCUCUGGAUAAAGACCAAAUCAAGGUGGUGAUUGAUGAGGUGACGCGAUGGCUGGACCUAGCUGAGGAAGGUGACCGGAUGACUCUGCCUGGUAUUGCUGGGUUCCAGGCCUUUGAGGUCCAAUUGGUGCUGAGGCAGGCCCUCCCCAACAUCUGGACGAUGCUGAAAGAUCAGGGCGUGAGUCCUCCCUUGAAAUGGGCUGUCCUGAGCGGCUUCAUUGCCUCUCUCACCCACCCAAAUCCAGCCUCUCUAAAAGGCUUGUCCGCUGCUUUGUUAUUUGUCUAUUUUUCAUGUCAGGUGGUGGUGAAGAAGGUGAGUCAGCAGCAUCGCUGGUACCUUGAGAACGCCUCUUGUGAUCGAGCCAGCUGUUGGAAGGAGCAGAUUCUCCUCUCUGCGAGGGGUUUUUCUGUUUUUUUCCAGAUGCUGGUGAAAGCCCAGAAGCCCUUAGUGGGGCAUAAUAUGAUGAUGGAUCUGUUGCAUCUCCAUGAGAAGUUCUUCAGACCUCUCCCAGAAAGCUAUGAUCAGUUUAAGCAGAAUAUCCAUGACCUGUUUCCUGUUCUCAUUGAUACCAAGAAUGUGACAAAGGAUAUCUGGAAGGAACUGCAUUUCCCACGGGUCUCCAAUCUCUCAGAGGUGUACGAAGUGCUGAGCAGUAACUUGAAUCCCACCAAGAAUUCUGGACCAGUGAUUGUUCAUGCGAGCAAAUGUGAAAAAUAUGCCCAGAACAAGUGCCCCCAUGAAGCAGCAUACGAUGCCUUUCUUUGUGGGUCAGUUCUUCUGAAAGUGGCUCACCUGCUCCUUCAGAGGGUGCACAGCAGCGGACCCAUGCCUGAGCCAUCCUUCCCUCAGUACCUCGACGUGCUGGCUCCUUACGUGAACCAAGUCAAUCUUAUCCGAGCUGGGGUCCCUAAAAUCAAUUUUUCUGGCCCAGAUUAUCCCAGUAUCCGGCCUCCCAUCCUCAUCCUCACUGUUAGGAGGUGGCCCGGGGCCAGCGAGCAGCAAGUCUACCGAGAGUUCCAGAAUCUCUGCAAGUUCGAUGUCAGGCGACUCACUCGAAGCCAGUUCCUGCUCCUGACCAAUAAGUUUAAGGAUGCCCGCAGUAUCCUGAAGGAGUACAGGUGCCACCCAACCCUGCAGGUCUCCCUAUACCGGUAUUGGAGACAUUCCCCCAACAUCAACUGCGUGUUACAAGUCUGUGGAGUGGUCACUACCUGGGCUCUGCUGGCGUUUCUCCUGGGAAGAUCCAGAUCCUGAGUGCUGCAAGCCUCUUGGCCUGUGUUCUGUUGCCAGGCCUUCCUGGGGCGUGUGUGCGUGUGUGUGCGUGUUAAUAUGUGUAAAUCAUAUUCUCUUUGCAGGUGGAUUGUAUUGUCCUUACUAGAAAUUUUGUUAUGUUUUGAAUGUGAAAUUCUGUAAAUACUGUAGUGAUAAAUGUGCUAUAUGCAAAGA